GAUAAAUUCACCAUUGAUCAGGACCUAAUAAACCAUCGGCCAUUCUGGAGCGAACCAUAUUUUGUCUCCCGGCGUCUAGUAAUUAUCCCAGCUAUGCAUUUCCACGAGUCUCGGGAACACAGGGCCCUACGGACUGCACUCCGUGGGCUCGAGAAACAGUUCAACGGCUUUGGAACAGCUCAGUUCGAUUACAGUGGUCUGCAGACACACAUGGUGAAGGUCUUAUCCAUGGAUUUGGACGAACCCAAUAACAUGCCGAAGUUUUUUACCGCAUGCCUUGCCUCUCUCUUACUAGACCCUGAUCAGAAAUAUGACCAGAAGAAGAGAUCCGCGUAUCUUGAAUUCAAUUCAACCAGUGAAAUACAUAGACGUCCGAUUGACUGCGCACGCAACACGAUUGCUUAUCUCGCUUCUUAUGUUUUAUCCAAUGAGAUAGGUACUGAGACCGAGACUUAUGCCACGUCGUGGUUUAAUAUUAGCUUAGGUGAUAGGCCCUUUGAAAACUUGGAUGAAUAUAGCUAUCCGGAAUUCGGAGUCACCAAGGCAAUUGAGGUCAAAGACCGUUCGUAUCCGCAUGUGAAGGCGAUGAUCUACAAUAAUCUGGAUGGCACGGAUGGUCAACUUCUCCGGGGCGAGAUUAUAAUGGUUCUCCGUAUCAUUCAUGCACAAGCCAGGCGGGCUCGCCUUUUGGAGCAUACAAUUAUCCCGGUUCUUCUUUUCUCCUUUAUGGGGCCCCAACAUGCUCGAAUCAUCGAAGCAUAUUUCGAUGGCAGUUCGUUGGUGAUGCGUCCAACUCAGCUAUUUGACCUUCGUAAUAAGGACCAAGCUUUGAUCAAAUCCUUCGGGCAGUGGUGGCUCGGAGGGCUGACUGGACAAACCAAAGUUCCUGUGCACCUACGAUCCUGACGCUCUACAGACAUGGGAAGUGUUUGACAGAACUUCGCUACCGAAUGUGUCUUUGUUCUUACCGCUGUUAUACGUUUUAUUAGUUGUCUUUCCCUUAUCCUUGGUUCUAGGUAUCCUUAUUUGAGUCUGGACGAGUAAGUAGAGAGGCGAAAUAAGUAGGCAGAAUAAUAAGAAUCAAAUACGUUUUGCAGCUG